AUGUAUUUAGAAUGGACAACGGCAGCAGAACUAAACAUCAAUCGGAAUCGGCAUACUGCAACUGUAUUGCAAAAUGGACAAGUAUUGAUCACCGGUGGGCACAGUCAUAAAGGAGUUCUUCGCGAAUGUGAACUAUAUGAUCCAUCAAGAGAUCGAUGGAUACUCGUUGCAAACAUGUCUGCCCCAAGGGAUUAUCACACCGCAUCUUUACUGGCUAAUGGUUUAGUCCUAGUGACUGGUGGCGAAAAUGCUGACGGAGUGGUUUCGACUGCUGAACUGUACAAUGCAUCAGCGAAUACAUGGAUGAACACACAAAACAUGAUCCAUCAACGAUCGGGACACACAGCCACUGUACUGCAGAGUGGAAAAGUGCUCGUUGUAGGUGGCUCGAAGAAAGGAGAAGGACGUCUAGAUACUGCUGAACUAUACGAUCCACAGGUAGGUGUUUGGACAGCUACUCAAAACAUGAUUUGCAGUCAUGUAUAUCAUACAGCAUCGUUGCUGUCAAAUGGAAAGGUACUAAUCACUGGUGAACCGGGUUUUUGCUCUAUAAGUAUGUCCCCAAAGACGAGUGAGUUGUAUGAUCCGAUAGCACAUGCAUGGAUAAAAACAAAUGACACGAACAUUGGUCGCUAUCAUCAUGCAGCAACUGUCCUCAAAGAUCGAAGCGUGCUGGUAACCGGUGGACGUGAUCUGGCCAUAUCGAUGUGGAACUCUACUGAAUUAUUCAACCCAUUCACGAAUCAAUGGACCACAACAUGUAGUAUGAGCACCCCACGCUAUGCUCAUUCAGCGACUUUGCUGCCAAAUGGAAAAGUCUUAGUCGUUGGCGGAUUCUCCAGUGCCUCUUUAAACAGUUCUGAACUGUACGAUCCAUCUACCGGCGCUUGGAUAGUCGCUGGUAACACGAAAAAUAGUCGCUAUUAUCACACAGCAUCUUUACUGACUAGUGGAAAAGUCUUGGUUGUUGGCGGAACUUUCAGUUCUCGUAGUGGAACUACAGAAAUAUACUAUAGUGAGAUGUCACUAGAAGAAGUGUUCUUGUGA